GACAGCUCCCGCCUGGCCUGCGCGCCCUGCGGGGCCCACCAGCGGCAGAGCGCCGGCGGUAGUUCCUGUGUAUGUGAGCCAGGAUACAGGAUGGUUUCUAGUAAUGGUGGGUUCUCUGUUACUUGUGAAAAAUGCCCAGAAAAUAUGAGUGGAGUUACUCAAGAUGGGUGGAAUUGUAUUACUUGCCCCAAAGGCCUGACUUCAAAAGGAAAUUGUAAAUGCCCCAAUAAUGAAAUACUAGUGGAAAGAAGCAUCGAUGGCGUUUUGCUUAAUGAAGCAUUGUGCAUACCUUGUAAUGGAAGUGAGCAGUCCUUCUCUGCCCCAGAUGCAUCAGGAGGCAGGUGUGUAAGAUGUGAAAAGACAUUCAUCCAAGUAAGCAAGUCUUGUGACUGCAACAGCCCAAACAUUCUAACGGGGGGCUUGUGUUUCUUGGCUCGUGAAGGCUUACCCCCAAAGGGAGUUGCAGCUGUUCGUUUUGCACAGCUAGGUAUAACACUGACAUCAGCAUGGUUUCUGAAAAACCUGCAGUCCUCAGCUUUUGCUUGUUGGUUGCACUCUAAUCUAACAGCAUGCCAAGCUCUGGGAAAUAUGUGUGUGAUGAAUAUGAACUCAUUGAGUUCUUCAAGUACUGAUGCCUGUGGUUUGUUUCAGUAUAUUUUUGUCAGUACAGCAACAUCAGGCAUCAUUCAUUCAAUACCCUACUGGAGGCAUAAUCUUCCAUGGCUGUAUUAUGGUGACCAACCAGGAUUAGCAUCCCAAGUGCUUGAGAAAAAUCAUUUUCCUACAACUUUCACUUUUAAGGGAACAGAUAAGGAUGUAAAGCUGAAAUUUAUUGCAGCCUCAUUUGAUGCAGCAGGAAACUUUCUUAAGUGGCAAAGUUUGGAAGGAGGUAUCUUACAGCUUUGUCCUGAUACCCAAACUAAAUUGAAUGCAGCUUAUGUUUUUGGAACAACUUACCAACAAAGUUGCAAAAUUUCAGUUUCUAAGAUUUUACUGGAUUUUGCUAAUCCAGUCUUUUAUGACCUGUUCCUUGAAUAUAAUGGUGGCAAUGGACAGCAAAAUCUUUGGGCUGUGCCAGUUUUAAAUUUGAAUCUUCAAUACAACGAAAACUUUGUUAAUCAAGACAGUAAUAUGAACAACUGGCUUUUGAUUCGUCGAUUUUUUUUGGUGGAUGCACUUAGUGGAAAAGAGAAUGACUUGGAAAAACCACCAAGGGUAAUUCGGAUUGCUAGCAAAAUAACAAUAAGUAUUCGUCUGGUAUCCCAUACCCAGAGAGGAACAAUCUACCCUCCUCUAAUUACUGUUGCUUACACAGAUGUGCUUAUCCAAAACCCUGAAACCCAGAGUGUGAUGGUUUCUUUCGCAGUCAGCUAUGAGAUGAAUCAGUCAGAGGCUCAGAUUCAGACUGAUAUUGCACUGGGUGUGUUGGGUGGACUGGCAGCGUUAUGGUCCCUUCUCAAGACUGCAGGCUGGAAGAGGCGGACAGGAAGCUCUAUAAUUGACUUGCAGACAUUUUUCAAGUUCUUACUGUUCUAUGCUGGAGACCUUGCCAACGUUUUCUUUAUCAUCACAGUGGGCACAGGGAUUUAUUGGCUUGUAUUCUUCAAAGCUCAGCAGUUUGUAUCUGUCCUUUUACCUCUUCCAUCUCAAGAAGAAGAUUUUGUUACAUACAUAGCAUGUGCAUUUAGUUUAAAGGCUCUGCAGUUCUUACACUUGCUGGUUUCACAACUUGCUAUUGAUAUUUUCUUUAUUGACUGGGAAAGACCUAAGGGCAAAGUUCUUAAAGCAGUCGAAGGUGAAGGUGUUAUUAAAAGUGCUGCUGCACCUGUAAGCAUAUGGAGGACAUACUUUAUAGCAAAUGAAUGGAAUGAAAUUCAGACAGUGAGGAAAAUAAAUCCUCUCUUUCAAGUGCUUGCAGUUCUUUUUUUUCUGGAGGUGGUGGGAUUUUCAAACCUGGCUUUAAUGGAUGCCUCUUCCAGUCUUACAAGAAGCAGUGAGAGCUAUGUAGCUCCCUGGAGCCGCAUUUUAAGAUUUGGUGUGUCUGCUGCACUCUGGGUAGCCAUUGCCAUCCUACAAGUUAUAUUUUUUGCUGUGAUUUAUGAAAGAUUUGUUGAAGAUAAGAUAAGCCAAUUUGUUGAUUUGUGUUGCGUGAGCAAUAUUUCAGUGUUUGUCUUGUCACACAACUGUUUUGGUCAUUAUAUCCAUGGUCGCUCAGUGCAUGGACAUGCAGAUACCAAUAUGGAAGAAAUGAAUAUGAACCUGAAGAGAGAAGCAGAAAAUCUGUGUAGUCAGAGAGGUUUGUUACCGAACACAGAUGGCCAGACAUUUCAGAUUUCCAUUUCAAGAAAAAUGAGACUGCACUAUGACUGGAUUCAUGAAACCUUAACAAGAAAACGUGGUCCUGCCAGGCUUUUGGACUCUUCUGCAAAUACUUUCGAACAAAGCACAAGGGCUUACAAUGCCAUGAACAAAUUUCUCAGUUCUUUUAUUGAUCAUGUUCAUAAAGAAAUGGAUUAUAUUGUUAAAGAUAAGUUGCUGCUUGAACGAAUUCUUGGCAUGGAGUUCAUGGAACCAAUUGAGAAAAGUAUUUUUUAUAAUGAUGAAGGACACUCUUUCAGUGAUGUUCUCUAUUAUGGCAAUGAAACAACACUGCUCAUCUUUGAUAUCCUGUUUUUCUCAGUUGUGGAUUUAGCUUCCCAAAGUUUUGUUUUAGCAGCUAUUCUAACAUAUUUGCAACAAGAGAUAUUUAGGUUUAUUCGUAAUACACUUGGGAGGAAGAAUUUGGCAUCCAAAACCUUGGUGGAUCAAAGAUUUCUCAUUUAAUUGAGAAGAUGAAAAACUGUUAAGGUUUUAAUCAUGGAAAGUAUGAACAUGAUAGAAGCGUCUCUGACCUGCAGCUUAAUUGUAGUGCACUUUCCAACAAUAACUAUGUAACGGGUUUGAAACUUGUCAUUUUUUAUAUUGUGUGCUAUUAAGCUUUAUUUUUCUGUAUUUAUAGGGUUUUUUUUUAAUUUGUGAACACUAAGCCAUAGGCCUUUAAAAAGAAAGGUACAUGCAAAGAGGACAGAACUAAACUUAACUGUUGUUAUUAUUAGAAUAAGAUAAAAAUUAUUUUUUGACUUUUGAUAAGAUAUGGACCACUGACUUUGAGGCAACAAUUUGAGCAUCUGAUUGACAGGAGAGGUUGCCAACUAUGAAAUUCUCUGAAAAUACCUUAAUUUUUUUAUUUUUUUAAAGUUAUUUUGAGGUGUAACAUUUAGCAAAUAUAUGUUGAAUUUUACACAGCACAAGAUUUGUUAUGAAUUAAGUUAGUAUUUCAGGAGGAAUUUUUAAAGAUCACUUAUGUGCAGUGACUUCCAUUUGAAAUUUUAACGUUUCUGUCUUGUGUCAAACAGUAUUGUAUAAUUUUGUCUGAUCUCUUGGAGUUUAUCAUUGUUUUUCUUGGGUAUGGCCUACACAUGACAUCCCAAAGAUGUAUUUGAGGUACAGUGGUGUUACAGUGAUGUAGAGAAAGAGGCUAUGAUAGAGCAGAGGAGAUGGUCAUCAGCAUUUGGGAUUUGUUCUUGAUCUUCUCUCUUGUGAUGCAAGAUGUUCUGUGAUUACAACAGUAAUUACUCUGUUCACUUUUUCCACACAAGUCAAAUGGAAGCAAUUUUUUAAAAUCUUUUUAGAAUUGUUUUCACAGGUGCUCAUGGUCUCUUUAAUUUUCUGAUCUUAUUAGCUUUAGAUAUAACAGAGACCAUAACCAUUUUACCAUCAUCAUAUUUCGAAAUUUAGACAAGUUAAUAAUUACUCAAGUGCCAAGGGAGAUUGUGAAUCGCCUUCAAAUCACCUUAAACUGAGGUGAAUACCUCCCAUUUUUACCACUGGAAAGUGUCCCUAACUUUUUAUACUUAAUGUUUUUUUAAUAAACAGUUAAACAUGAA